GAAAACAGGAGGCCAGACCACAGGGAGAGGAGAAGUGAAGAGAGAAGGGUGUUCCCGCCUCCACCAGGGCAGAGAGGCUUCGGGACAGACAGAGCAGUGAGAGGCUGGGGAGGGGCUCACCAGCAGUUUGUGGAGAGACGACUUAGGCUAAAGAGAAGUUUCCAGGGUAGGGCUCAUCCCGCAGUGGAGAGAAAAGCCAUCGUUCUGUGGUCCAAUUAGAGGCGAGGGUUAGAAACUUCAGGAGUCAGCCCAGAAAUCCUAGGGCUUCAAUGACAAUGAAGCUUGAAGAAAAGUGUGGUGACACUGGGAUCCCUGUGGGAAGGAGUCAGCCUCACCUGGGGGACAAGCACCAGGCAAAUGGGAAAGCAGCAUCAGCAAGUGGGGACGCUGAGGUCUGUGCAAAGCAGGAGGCCACUGGGAAGCGGGACGUGCCCCGGAGAAGCCUCAACACGUACAGCUGGCAGGAGGUGCAGAGACACAACCAGGAGGCCGACCAGUGGCUCGUCAUCGAUCGCAAGGUUUACAGUGUAACUGGCUGGGCAGACAGGCACCCCGGAGGCCGCCGGGUCCUCCAGCACUGUGCCGGGGAAGACGCCACGGAUGUCUUCAGGGCUGUGCACCCGGACGUUGACCUGGUGCAAUUAUACCUUAAACCACUGCUCAUUGGAGAGCUUGCCGCAGGAGAGCCCAGCCAGGAGAGAAACAAAAACCCCCAGUUGGUGAAAGAUUUCCAAGAAUUGAGGAAGACAGUAGAGGCUAUGAAAUUGUUCGAUGCCAACCUGGGGUUCUUCUUCCUUCACAUGGCCCAGAUCCUCGCUUUGGAAGUCCUGGCUUGGCUAAUCCUGUAUCAGUUUGGCAGUGGCUGGUGUAUUACAAUACUCAUUUCCUUUCUUCUCACAACUUCACAGGCUCAGUGUGCAAUUUUGCAGCAUGACUUAGGACACCUUUCCGUAUUUAAGAAGUCUAAGUGGAACCAUCUGUUGCAAAAAGUUGUGAUGGGCCAUCUCAAGGCUCUGUCACAAAACUGGUGGAAUUACACGCACUUCCAACAUCAUGUAAAGACAAACAUCUACCCCAAAGACCCAGAUAUCAACUUGGACCCACUUUUUCUGCUUGGAGAUUUGCAACCUGUCCAGUAUGGCAAGAAGAAAAUCAAAUACAUCAACUAUGAAAAUCAGCACCUGUACUUUUAUAUAGUUUUGUUACCCUUCCUCAUGCCUGCAUUUAUGAACCUGAAAUCCAUACGACUGAUGUACAUUAAAAGAGACUGGCAGGACAUCGCCUGGGUUAGCAGCUUUUACAUCCGACAUUUCAUUAUGUUUCGCCCUUUCUAUGGAGUCUUCGGAACCCUGUUGCUCAUAUAUUUGGUCAAGUUUCUUGAAAGUCCCUGGAUCGCAUAUAUUGCCCAUAUGAAUCACAUACCCAUGACAAUGAGCACAGAGGAGAACCGGGACUGGCUCAGCACUCAGGUCUUGGCCACCUGUAAUGUUGAACAGUCCUUUUUCAAUGACUGGUUCUCUGGACACGCAACCUUCCACAUCGAGCACCAUCUGUUCCCCACAAUGCCGCGUCAUAAUUACCACAAAGUGGCACCUCUGGUGAGAUCACUGUGUGCCAAGCACGGACUGCAGUACAUGAAUAAGCCCAUGCUGAAGGCGUUUGGAGACAUUCCCCGGGCUUUGAAGAAAUCCGCAGCCCUCUGGAAGGAGGCUUACUAUGAAACAUGA